CCUCACCCCCAAGCUGCUUUGUUACAAUCUUUUCCCAGCCUGGACUUUUGUCCCAGCCCUACUAGCAACCAAGUCAACAGCAACCGACUUGCCACCUGGGGAGGAACGGCGAGUCUGGAACUCUGUGGCAGGGAUGAGGGGGAUGCAGAGGGAGGGAAACCGACCAGAGAAGAGACAACCAGCCCAGGCUGGCCGGCACUGAAAGCCGCCUCUCCCUGCAGCUCGGCAGCGAUCUGGACCAUAUCCGGGGUUCCAGAAAAGGCAGAGGUUCUUACCUAAAGCAGAGGAGGAAGCUGCAGCCCAGGGAGGUCGUGACUUGCCAGGAAGGCGGCUCGGGCCAGGCUGCGCUCAAAACCCGCGUGUCCCGGGAUCCCCAGUCCCUGCAGAAUGACCCACCAGGAUCUGAGCAUCACAGCCAAACUCAUCAACGGAGGCGUGGCAGGGCUCGUGGGGGUGACCUGCGUGUUCCCCGUCGACCUGGCCAAGACUCGGCUGCAGAACCAGCAUGGGAAAGCCAUGUACAAAGGAAUGAUCGACUGCUUGAUGAAGACAGCGCGGGCGGAGGGCUUCUUCGGCAUGUACCGAGGGGCUGCAGUGAACCUCACUUUGGUCACUCCAGAGAAGGCCAUCAAGCUGGCGGCCAAUGACUUCUUCCGGCAGCUGCUCAUGGAAGAUGGGAUGCAGCGGAACCUGAAGAUGGAGAUGCUUGCCGGGUGUGGCGCUGGGAUGUGCCAGGUGGUGGUGACCUGUCCCAUGGAAAUGCUCAAGAUUCAGCUGCAGGAUGCUGGACGCUUGGGUAAGGCCUGUCCCCACAUCCCAUGGGAACAGCAAAGGGCUGGGAUUGGAACCGGGCACAUCCCACAUCCCGCCCUCAUUUGCUGGGCUGUGUGACCAGUCAGCUUUCGAAGUAGAUAGAAGUCUUCAGCUGGGCAUGGUGGCUCACAUCUGUAAUCCCAGCACUGUGGGAGGCCGAGACAGGUGGAUC